UUGUUGCCCCCAGAGAAGCGUGACAGGCGCUUCGGCUGGCAGCCCCUAACCGUCGCCCCCAGUUUGGGUUGCUCAUUGGGCCGGUAGGGAAGCAGGAAAUGACGUGAGAGACUGCGGGUUGUGAAUGACGCAGCAUCCGGAAGUCGUGAAAGAGAAUAACCGGUUACCUUUCAAGCUUAACAUGGAAUCUGAAAAUGCCAUUCCUCCUGAACUGGUUGAGGGUUUGAAACUGAUAGAUGAGCAAAACAGUCCUUCACAAACCAACUGCAAUAAUGUGUAUGCCUCCAAAAUUGCCAAAGAAGUCAGUCAGUUGCCUGAGUUGGAGGCCAGAGAAGAUGAUGACCUUUUCCAUGACUGUAAUGACUCUUUUGAAACAGGAGUGAAGCAAGAGAAUCAUAACAGUGAGACAGCUCCUUCAGAGAAUCAAACAGAUCCAGAUGAAAAAUAUUUACUAGAACUGGAGAAAGACAUGCCAGAGGAAGAAAAGCUGAAGAGAAGAAAUGAAAGCACAAAACUGAAAGAAGAAGGAAAUGAACAGUUUAAGAAAGGAGAAUAUAAAGAAGCUGAAGAUUCUUAUGCAAAAGCCCUGGAGGUUUGUCCAGCUUGUUACAACACAGACAGAUCAAUUUUGUACUCAAAUAGAGCUGCAGCAAGAAUGAAACAGGACAAGAAAGAAGUUGCCAUUAGUGACUGCAGCAAAGCCCUUGAAUUAAAUCCAAACUAUAUAAAGGCACUUCUGAGAAGAGCAGAACUGUAUGAAAAAACAGAAAAGCUAGAUGAAGCAUUGGAGGACUACAAGAAUGUGUUAGAAAAAGAUCCAUCAGUACUUCAAGCAAGAGAAGCUUGUAUGCGAUUGCCAAGACAAAUAGAAGAACGUAAUGAAAAACUUAAGGAAGAUAUGUUAGGAAAACUGAAAGACCUUGGGAAUUUGGUUCUUCGACCUUUUGGCCUGUCAACAGAAAACUUUCAAGUGAAGCAGGAUUCAUCAACUGGUUCCUAUUCUAUCAACUUUGUUCAAAAUCCAAGUAACAACAACCGAUAACAUAAGCCCAACCUUGCUCUGGUAAAGUUUGGCUUUGAAGCUUGGUGAUUAUGCAUUUCCUAUAAGUGCAAAAAGGAGCUGAAUAAAUGUUGAGUGUGAAACAUCUUUAUCCAGAUAUAAAGAACUGAGGAUAUUCCUAUGCAUUUCUUAUGUGGAGUACUUCUUGGAGGUAUAGAGAACAGUGGGAAGUAACCUGACUUAUGUGAUGGUCUUACCACAUGCACUUUAUUUUGGCACUAAUCAUCCUCCCUGAUGAAGUUGGGGAGCUUGGCUUUGUUAAAUUAAAGAAUCCUCAUGCUCCCAUCCCUGUAACCAAAGUACAACCGUUUCAUGUUUUGUGAAGUUUGCAAAUCUCGGUAAUGUGUUUGUGUAAGAGAGGAAGCAGAAGUACUGACUGGACCCCACUGCCCCUAGGGGUCAAUUCCACUUAAGUGUAAUAAAAUAUUGAUGGUA